AUGACGGCAGCUGCCUCCGAGUUGCGCACGGUGUCCAUCCCGCUCCUCCAGCCGCAGUACGCCGAUGAGGACGACGACGACGCGCUCGACCACGUCGAGCUGGCCAAGGUGGAGCCGCCAUCGCGUGUCCGAGCCCAGUGGUCAUCGCUCAAGGCGCAGUACAAGCGCUACCGCCGCAAGACGACGCCGGUCGCGGUCGUCGCCGGCCUGUUUGGCGUCGCCCUCGUCGCCCUCGCGUUCCCGCUCUUCCCGUACCGCCGCGUCCUGCGCCAGAACCUGUUCCCGUCCCACGACCUCGCUCCUCCACCACUCGUCGCGUUCAACGACUCGACCCCGGCACCCGAGCGGUUCCGCCUCCUCCACGACGACCUGCGCACCUCGUACACGGCGGGCGACGUCCUGCUCGCGAGGGUCGCCAGUCCCGGGCCCGACGUCGACGCCGCGUCGUGGCUGCGGCUGAGCGUAGUCGGCGAGCGUGGGCAGCGGUUCUCGGGCAUCCCGACGCCCAAGCCCGCUCACGGCUGGGUCGUCCCGCUCCUUGAGCCGGGCAACUACUCGCUGUCGGUCCGCCUCGUCGCGUACGACAUCCCCGACUGGCGCGACCGCCGGACAGGGAGCACGCCCGGCUUCCCCGACGACGCGCCGCCCAUCUACGCGCACUGCUACAACGACACGGUGAUCGACGGCGAGUUCGAGUUCGAGGUCCUGCCGCUCGAGGACCGCGGCGACGUCUUCGAGCGGGCCCGAGCGGGCGUGGCGGCCCUGCCGCCGUCGGUGCGGGCGCCGGAAAUGGACGUCGUCGGGACGCUCGCCGGCAAGGCGUGCUACCACGGCUCGACGUCGCUGUGGGGCUGGUGGAGCGGCGACCGGGCGCCGUCCACGUACCACGCCUACUCGGGCUGUCGCCCGCUGUCGACGACGCAGGCCGACACGCGCGACUUUAUCACGGCCCUGCGCGACACGUCGAUCCGGUGGAUUCACGUUCUCGGCGACUCGAACUCGCGCAACUUUGUCAAGGACGGCCUCCCUGUCCGCCUCAUGCUCAUCCCGCGAGGGACGUACCCGCCCGAGCAGGAGCCCGACGGCGUUGACGGCACCUGUCCCUGCAUCUACGGCGUCAACCCGAAGAACGGCAAGGACGAGCAGUUCCUGUGCCUCCUGUUCCCCAAGGGCCGCACGACGCCGCUCAUCUUCUCGCACGCGUGGUUCAGCCUGGCCGACAACGACUCGGAGCCGCUCGACGUCGUGUACCGCCGCACCCUGCGCGAGGCCUACCGCGACGCGAACCACACGGCGCAGCUCCUCAACGAGUACUACGGGGGCCGGUUCGGCAGGUACGACGAGCGCAUUUUCCCGCACACGGUCGAGACGCUCCUCGCGCCCUGGCCCGAGCUCCUCAACCUCACGUACGCCGACCACACGCUCGUCAGCUUUGGCAGCCACAACACCGAGGCGACGUCGGCCGACUGGACCGCCGAGCUCGACAACCUGAUGUCGAUCUGGCCCCGGUCCAAGCACGAGCCGGAGCUCGUCUCGCCGUCGCAGCCGAGGCGCGAGGACCUCAGCUUCGUCUACACGACGCCGGUCAACUCGUUCCUCAUCCCGGAGAAAUUCGGCCGCCAGUUUAUCGUGCGCAACAACAACCGCAACGAGGCGCGCAACGAGCUCGCCGCGUCGUACCUGUCGUCGCACGGAUACCUCGCCGAGCAGGCGCCUUCUCGCGACGGCGUCAAGGCGCGCGCGUACCUCGUCGACUUUUACGGCUCGAUGCACGCCAUGCAGGAGGUCAUGCACGACGCCGUCCACUUCAACACGCACAACUACGCCGUCCACACGCAGCUCGUCCUCGACCACGUCGUCCUCCGCGCGGCGGGCGCGCCGUAGCGCGGCGACCGUCGUCCGGCGCACCCUUCCUCCUCUCCCGCACACUUGCC